AUGAAAGUGACCGUGGCGUUUUUGUUAUGUGUGGUGGCUUGUGGUGAAGCCAUUAUAUACGAAAAUGCCAGCUAUUCCCCAGAAGAAAGGCAGUUCUUGGAUUUCAAACUGAACAACCCGAAAACAAUCGUAUGGACCAAAAGUUCGGGUGAUCCUGUUGAAAUACGUGAAGUUGUAGCUGUCAACACGGACCACUUCAAUAACCAGCUAUUCGUUGACACGAUAUCGAGUUUUAGUGCAGAAAGAUUACCGGAGAGAAUUACCAACGCAAAGGGCGCUGGAGCUUUCGGUUACUUUGUCGUUACCAAUGAUGUCUCAAAGUAUACAUACGCAGACCUCUUUAACGGCAUAGGCAAAAAGACGCCAUUAGUUGCCAGAUUUUCAGCCGUGGUACAAAACAAAGGGGGCACUGAUCUUGGUAGAGAAUCGCGGGGUUUUGCAGUAAAAUUUUACACCAAACAAGGAAACUUGGAUCUCGCGUGUCUUCACAUACCCGUUUUUCUAUACAGAGAUCCCAAUUUCGUUUCGCAUUUAAUGCAUGGUGUUUCGAGAAACCCUCAAACAAACUUAAUCUCGUCUACUAGUCGUUGGGAUGUAGCUAUACAAAGACCAGCGACUCUAAACACGUUAUUCUGGCUUUAUUCCGAUUAUGGUAUCCCUAAUGGAUACAGAAAGGCAGACUUCUUCCCCGUCCAUACUUACGAACUUGCGAACAAGCAUGGAGAAACACACUAUGUCAGAUUUAACUUUAGAACUGAACAGGGCUUCUCGGCAUUCACCAACCAACAAGCAGCUGAGGUAUCAGGACGUGAUCCCGACUACUUCGUGAAAGAUCUGUUUAAUGCUAUCGGACGAGGAGAUUAUCCUUCAUGGAGAUUAGAAAUGGACGUAUUGACUAAACAUGACCUACAAACCGUAGAUUACAAUCCUUUCGACGUGACCGGUCUAUGGACGAAUGGAACGUUUACCACAGUACAAAUUGGGCGUUUGGUUUUAAAUAAAAACGUCGAAAAUGUAUUCAGAGACUUAGAACUGGCAGCAUUUAAUCCCAGUAAUUUGGUACCUGGUAUUCCAGGACCUGUGGAUAACUUGUUUAAAGCUAGAAGAACUGCCUACAGAAUGGCUCAAAAUUACCGUUUAGGAAGCAACCCCAACAAAAUUUUAAUUAAUAUGCCACUGUACGCCAGAACUUACAACCGCGAUGGAAAACCACCUGUUAGGGGAAACAUGGGAAAUGCACCACACUACCAUCCAAAUUCUUUCAACGGACCUAUGCCCUACGUUGACGAGAAUCAGCCGGCAAAAACGUUGCGGGUGUUAGGAAGUAUGGCGGUAGAUUUUCAACCUUUGACUUAUUUCUACAAUCACAUUAUUGAAAGUGAAGCCCAUAGACGCAGAUUUAUAAGUAACCUCGUUGAUUCUUUAGAGUCAGUCGUUCCGCCGGUGUUGGAUAAGGUUUUGGAGUUGUUUGAUCUAAUUGAUCACGAUUUGAAGAGGCGUGUAGCUGUGGGACUGGAAGCAGCGUAUGCACGGCGACGAGCUGAUAGAGGACCUCCUUCAAUAAACACACCCAUUAGAAACUUUCCAACUGCUGUAAACUACUGA